AUGGCAAAGGAAAGGUACUACGCUCGUAACUGGGCAUCCUUUCACUUUAUGGGAAACAUAAACAACUUCUCAUAUUGUGUUGUUAAUGCUGCUGGUCAAAGUCUGGCUGAGUUCUUCCACAACUCAAAGAACAUCGGUCUCAUCCUAUGGGCCAAUAUAGCAUUUGGAUUCGUCGCCAGAAUGCUCAACACAUUCGUAUUGGAGAAGAUUAGCACAAGAGCAAAGAUUACUUUCAAUGUGGUGAUAAUGGCAACUGGAUUGGUUGGUGUGGCCAUGUCUGUUUAUGUCAACUUUUGGUUCUGUCUGGCAUGUAUAUCAUUGAUUGGUAUAGGUUCAUCAUUUGGCGAGAGUGUACUUCUUGUCUAUCUGAAACAAUUCCCAUCAGAGAUGGUCAAUGGAUGGUCGUCUGGCACUGGAGUGGCUGGUGUCAGUGGAUCACUCUUUUACAUUGCACUCAGCGGUCUGGCACAUCUGGAAAAUCAGACAAUAUUCUUGAUCAUUCUCCCAACAAUUGCUAUAUAUGGAUUGCUCUUCUUCUUGGGAAUCAAGAUACCACGCACCAAGACUGAUGCAUUGCUCUCGGAGGACACACCUCUGCAUUAUGAGGAACUCAAUGAGGAAUUGGUCAACACAGCAAAUGACGACCAAGGCCAGAUUCCAACACAGGACGACAUGGACAGCAUGAUCCGACCAGAAGUCGGACCACCAGGCGAAACAAAGAAACAAAGAUACAUCCGUUGUGCACGUCUAGUAUGGUGGAAUGCUAUCAACCUAAUGUUGGUCUACUUCUUUGAGUAUGUGGCCUCGGUUGGUGGCGCCGACUUGGCCGUGCGAUCACUCAAAGGCGAUUGGUUCAACGAGAAUGCCUACCCCAUCCUCAGCUUCUGUUAUCAAUUUGGUGUACUACUCUCCCGUUCCUCACUACAACUAGUCAAGAUCAAGCGCAUUGGAGUCAUCACUGUACUCCAAGGCAUCAACAUGGCUCUCUGGUUACUCCAAGGAAGGUAUAAGAUGAUCAGUUCAAUUUGGGUACUGUUUGUCCUGAUGUUCUAUUGUGGCCUGCUUGGAGGUGCAUCAUAUGUCAAUGUAUUCUACCUGAUCCUGCACGACAAGAGGAUACCGAAUGAGGACCGCGAGGUCUGUAUUAACUACGCAGCACUAUUGGUUACACUUGGAAUUACAUUGGCCAGUGUGUUCAUCCUAGUGAUGGACCACACCUUUAUGAAGGCUUACUUGCCAGUCACUACCGACUCGAGUAGUGGCGAGAGUAGCUUGCUAAUGUCAUUAAACAUU